AUGCUCCGUCAGCAGAGACUUGCCUCGAACGUGAGCCGCCGCGCUGCAAGGCCUCUUCUCAUGAUGAGUACAGACGCUGUGCCAGAUAGGAGCUCUCGUCGGGAUACACCAGCUGUCUUGAAAGUAAUGCCAUCCGCUGCAGUGUCACGACCUGGCUCUGACCGUACUUGGGACAGCUUUCACGGCAUCACAUUUGCGUCCAGCCAUGAAAGUACACCUUCUCAGAGUGCGUCCCAUCUCAUCCACGGCGCACUGUCCCAGGGAACAAGUUCGCAGAUCUGGACUGAGCCGCCAACGCAACAACGCAUUGAAUCACGAGAUGAACAUCGCGAUGGCCGUGAAAAUAUUGUCUCGACCAAAAGCACAAUGCAUAUGCUUCAGACCCAACUUGGAUGUGCAACAAAGAGUCCUGGUUCGAAUGAUGGUGACCAUUCUCCUGAAUCUGCUCAUCUUGAACGCUGUCCUCCAUCGAAUGAUGAGACAUUCCGCACUCCGCUCGGCUUUCAUAUUCCCGAAGUUAAGCUGCGAAAUGCCCUGCUUGCUGAGCCUACCAGUACCGCAUCCUACUGGCAUUAUACAUUGUACCAAGGACCGGGUGGAGACAAAGACAAAGUGAAGGUGCAUUACUGUAAGAACAAGGAAAAUACCGAGAAAAUAGCUCAGCUGUUUCUCGACGAAAAGGUCAUAGGUUUUGACAUUGAAUGGACACCAAAUUCGUCCGCGACUGACGGAAUAACGAAGAACGUCGCGCUGAUCCAGAUAGCGAGUGAAGAACGGGUGUUGCUCGCUCAUAUUGCUCGUUAUCCCAAUGCCGCUACCUCGGAGAAGGCGCAACAAAUCGAGGAUUUUGUUGCACCCUCACUGAAGGAAAUCAUGGAGUCAUCUUCAAUAAGCAAAGUCGGCGUCGCCAUCAAAGCAGACUGCACGAGACUCCGGAAGUUCUUGCGUAUUGAUUCCCACGGACUUUUCGAACUCAGCCACUUGUACAAGUUGGUCAAAUUCUCCUCUGGAAAUGUCAAGAAAAUAAGCAAGACGCUGGUUUCACUGAAACAGCAAGUCCAAGAGCAUCUUCAGCUUCCCUUGGAUAAGGGUGAUGUACGAACGAGCGAUUGGAGCAACAGCCAGGACUUAACUUACCAACAGACACAAUAUGCUGCUUCUGAUUCGUACGCUGCUCUCCAACUCUAUUACAUUCUGGAAGCGAAGAGAAGAGCGUUGGAACCUACGCCUCCUCGACCUGCGCACGCAGAACUGAAUCUACCAAUCCGCUUAGCGAAUGGUCAAAGAGUAGAGUCGUUUGAUGAAGCAUCGGAGUCGAUUGAAGAAGGAAGUACAGACGCUGCUUCAAAUACAUUCUUCUUCCUAGAGGACGACUUCCAAAAGGUAGCAAUCGAAGAGCCUGCAUCGUUAUACCCGCAGCUGCCAGCAUCCUCAGUAUCAUCCUCCUCCUCCAUCGCUUCUCUAGACUCGCGCCCUCCGCCAUCGUCAAAAUCCAUCCCAUCGAAAGAGGAGCUCGCCCCGGAGAUUGUCGAAGCCAACGCUUCAGUCACUGAAUACAUAGAAGCGCGUCCCACCGCCAUCAAGAUGAAACCAAAUAAGGCACACCUGCGCGCUUACUAUCUCUGGGAGAAAAAUUCAAUGGAAUCUAAUGUGAUCGCGGCUCUAUUGCGCGUAGAAUUAAGCACCGUGGCCGUAUAUAUCCUUCAGGCCAUCAAAGUUGAGCACUUCCGUUUUGGGGAAAAGAGAGCUCGCAUGCUUGUCCCCCUCGCGCCCAAAGCGUUGAGGGACGACUUCGAAACCAUGAUCUCAAACAGGAUCAGGAAGUGGAAUGACGAGGCCAAAGAGAAAGGGCAAUAA